GUACACUCCGCAGGUGUAUUCAGGUAAGACUGCUCUAAGAUAAGGAAGAAGUUGUCCAGGAUUUAGUUAAGUAUGACUCUUCAAAUCGACAGGCUAUUGGUCCAUUCUUUAUCUGUAUGCAAAUAAGCGAAAGCUUCACUGCACUUCAAACACAAGGAAAUGUGCAAGAAGCCUCCAGGUUGCUUGGAUCUAAAGAUGUCAGGGUCAACUGUCUGGAUGAGUUUGGCAUGACCCCCCUCAUGCAUGCUGCAUACAAGGGAAAGGCAGAUAUGUGUAAACUGUUACUGCAGCAUGGAGCAGAUGUCAACUGUAAUGAGCAUGAACACGGCUACACCGCACUCAUGUUUGCAGGGCUCUCAGGAAAGACGGAUAUCACCUGGAUGAUGUUGGAUGCUGGAGCUGAGACUGAUGCUGUGAACUCAGUUGGCAGAACAGCAGCACAAAUGGCGGCUUUUGUUGGGCAGCAUGACUGUGUGACGGUCAUUAAUAAUUUCUUCUCCCGAGUGAGGCUGGACUACUACACAAAACCCCAGGGGCUGGAAAAGAAACCAAAACUCCCUACCAAGCUCACUGGACCAUUGCACAAAAUUAUUAUGAGUACCAAUCUCAACCCUGUAAAGAUAGUGAUGUUGGUGAAGGAAAACCCUCUGCUGAUGGACAUGGAGGCACUUGAGAAGUGUCGCAAGGUUCUGGAGCUAAUCUGUGAGAAGUGUGUGAAGCAGCAGGAUAUGAAUGAGGUGUUGGCCAUGAAGAUGCACUACCUCAGCUGUGUGAUGCAGAAAUGCGGCUCUUUCCUUAAAGAUCGCCAGGAUAAACUUGAUGGCCUAAUCAAGAGCCUUCUGAAAGGGCGAGACAGCGAUGGCUUCCUAGUGUUCCAGGAGAAGUUCAUCCGGGAGUGCAUCCGGAAAUUUCCAUAUUGUGAUGCCACAUUAUUACAGCAGCUGGUCCGAAGUAUUGCUCCAGUGGAGAUUGGUAACGACCCCACAGCUUUGUCAGUGCUCACUCAGGCCAUCACGGGCCAGGUGGGUUUCAUGGAUGCAGACUUCUGUACCUCCUGUGGUGAGAAAGGGGCAGAGAAGAGAUGCUCCAUCUGCAAAAUGGUGAUCUAUUGUGACCAGGCUUGUCAGAAGCUGCAUUGGUUCACCCAUAAGAAGGUCUGUAAAAUAUUACAGGAACAGAGAGAGAAGCAUGAAGCUGAGUCAGCCACACGACUACAAAAACAAGCCAAAGCUGAGGAAAAUCGAGCAUUGGAGGAGACGACUGGCACUUUGGAAGAGCUCUCAGUCAGCCAGAGUGACGCCACCUCAGAUAACCAAACUGAGGAUCUUACCUCUGACACAGUCCCUGUAUCUGCAGACUGAGUCACUAAGAAUGUACCCUAUAGACACUGGUUCAGUCCAGCAACUAAUCAUCAUAAUAAUCAAAGAUCCAUUUAAACCAAAAGAGAGCCAAUCCGUGACCUUACCCAGAGGUAACAACAGCAUUGUUCAUGGUACUCACAGAAGAUGCAAUUCUGAAGCACAUAAAAUGGGGGAAUACACCGAAGGCUUUGCCACAAUAUGAAGGGUCAACGGGAGACAAAUAUAAAUAUUGUUUUUAUUUGAAGUAAUCUGUUUACGUUUGUUGAAAAUAUUUGAUUUUAUGUUUUAGAAAAUCCUAAUAUCAUAACUGAUUUAUUAUUGACAGUUGUAUGUAUGAUGGGGUUUUACUUUCAGAAAGAUAUUAUAAUUUAUUGCUGAAAGACAUUGACGACUAUGCCUUAAAUUUCUGUCUGUUGGCAUCAUCCGGUCAUAAUAAUAAUGCUGAACGUAGUGGUUACUUUACUAAAACGUAAAUAUUGAAAUGCCGUAAUAUUUCAUAAAGUGAAUAAAGUCUAUU